CUUUCUUGUCUUCUUAUACAUACUUUACAGAUUUUACCUUUAGGAUCCAAUGAGGUGGGUUGGAUUCGAUCCGCGGCGGUAUUGUGGCGGAGUUGGCCGAAUUUUGUAAUUGGAGCGAAUUGUGGGACCUCGCUUGUGACCAAUCCAGUUCGCACUAGGCUAGGAUAUGGUUUGCGCUUACGAAAUUUGACUCCGACCAUGUCCGGUUAUCAGACGAUAUGGGAAAGGGGUCACUCGUUUCGAUCUUGCUGUUUUUUGCUAUGCGAUGAAGUUUGCGCGCUAUCUCGAGGACACCCAGACUCCGGAAUGGAAACGGGCCUAUAUCGACUAUCGCAAACUUAAGAGAUGUGUUCGCGAAAUUUCCGGUGUCCAGCUGGAGCGCUCAAGGUCUGGCCCAUCUUCACGAACCUCGGUAAGAUCAGGACCGACGGCUCCAGGGGUAGGACCAGACGGCGUAGUGGUAUCUAGUGCGCGAACGCCAAGGGGUUCUCCGUUGACGUUCCGGGGCGCCAAUCCACUGCCUCCCGCCUCUGAACACUCCUUCACCCCGUCUAGAGCAGGCAGAGAAGCGGAUCGGUUGAGCGACAACAGACUCCCCUUCCCAACGUAUGGCUCGCACGGGCACUCGCCACCUUUGACGAGAAUGUCUUCUGCGCGGGAACCAGAGCCUACGUCUCCUAUGACGGAGCUACCACCGGCUUUGCAGGACCCUGCAGAUGGGAGAGUACCCACUUCAUCUGGGCAGGACUGGCAGACAGACCCACGUAACACGUCUAGGCGCCGUCUGAGUCUGAGUGCACAGAUAAGCACAUCCGUACAGAGGACUUACAGUCUAAACGAAAUAUAUCACACUUUGCCGCCCCCAGAGCUACGUUUUUUCGAUAUUCUGGACAAAGAGUUGGAUAAAGUCGAAAAAUUCUACCUUGAAAAGUUAGAGGAACUCGUCAUAUUCUCGUCCUUGCUGAAUGAGCAACUGCGCGAACUCGAGGCUCAUCGUAAAGUUUAUCACGACAAUUCCGCUGCAGCCUCCCGACAUUGGGGUCUUGUUGGAGAUGCGUUGCAUAUUAUCACCACUUCACAGGGUAGGACACGGGCCGAGGGACCCUCGGAUGAGUUUUCUAGUACCCAAGAGCAAAUCAGCGGAGCUCCACCCCCUCGUGAUCCUGAUCUGUAUCAUCAGAAUAAGAAGAAACUCAAGAAAGCUACUCGCGAACAUUACCGUGGAAUCGAACUAUUGAAUGAUUAUCGGAUUCUCAAUUUAACUGGGUUCCGGAAAGCGUUGAAGAAGUUCCAGAAAGUGACCCGUAUUCCCGCACAGCAGCCCUACAUGACUGAGAAAGUUGACAACUGCGUAUUUGCAUCGGAGACGAAGAUGCUUGAAAUGAUCUCCAACAUCGAAUCUUUAUAUGCUUUGCAUUUCACUGAUGGUGAUAAGAAAGUUGCACGAGAGAGACUUCGAGACACGAUGCAGGGAAACCCCCAACACACUCGAUCCUUCCGGUCCGGAUUAUACACCGGACUGGGCAUUGCUGCGCUUUCUCGCGUGAUAUUCCUAAGUACUAUACGGUAUAAUCACAUUGCUGACUUCAACUGACUCGGUCGUAGGCUUCCAAGAGGAGACUCGGGAAGCAAUCCCUGCUUGGGCUGCGCUCUUACAGGUUUAUGGUGGAUUCCUGCUACCGGUCGUUCUAGCAUUACUUAUUGGAGCCAACAUGCUUGUGUGGAAACGACAUCGGAUCAACUACGGUUUCAUCUUCGAGCUUGAUGUCCGGACAAUGAUCGAUCCUCGUCAAUACGUCGAGAUACCCUCAUUCGCAUUCCUUACGUUAUCCUACUGUGCGCUACUCUCGUUCAGUCGUGUUGGCAACAUUGCUGCAACUA